CUUCAACUGUUUCACCUUGUCAGAGGAGUGGAUGGGAAGGGAGGACUCACCAGCCAAUAACUACGGGAAUCUUCCCGUAAAAGGUCACGCACUGAUUAUUUAUUGGCAAUCUGCCAACGCGCGCGCAUGUGUGUGUGUUUACUGGAAGAACCUCAGAGCUGAGGAGGUGGAGCCUUCGCUCUACUCGUUGACCGCGGUAACACAGCUACCUCCGUUUGCUAGAGAGAGAGAGAGAGAGAGAACACCGACGUCUUUACCGAUACAUUUCUCAGUCGGUUAGAAGAGGCCGUCUAUUCAGAGUUAAUGACAAAGUUAAUAAAUGAUUUAACACACAGACAUUCGGGGACUUUGGAUAUUUUCUCCCUGGAGAGGAACGCUGGAGCCCGGGACAGGAACAAUCUCCAAGGUUGUUCCAAGAACCCCUCAACAAACCGAAGGUGCAAAUAUGAACCCAUUGACUGCAAUGGCUCCUUGAGGAACUCCAGGUUUCCUCGAGUCAGCCUACACUCUUAGAAUUAGGGGGUAAGUCACAUUUCUAUUUUGUGGCUGGAAGGGGCCCCAGCUCAGCUCAGACAGACACCAUGUUUAGCAGCUGCAGAGCGGGCAGUUAUGGCAUCUCUUGCCGCUUCAAGUAACAACUAGCAUCGGUCCUUGGUGAAUGGAGAUUUAUUCAAUAUGGAGCUGGGCCCAUUACGUCUUGCUCCAAAUGCACUGAUCAGCAGCACAGUGAGACGGCCAGACCCACCCACCCGGGGGUAGCCUAUUUACCAUGAAACCGGAGAACCAUAGAGCUCUGCUGGUGAAAGCAGCAGGCUGCAUGGGAAUGAGGUUAUUUAUUCAGAAUGAACCUGGACUCAUUCAUAAUAACCUGGUUUUCUGAACCCCCCCCCCAGUGGUAAAAGAGCGUUUGAGCUGAGCUGUGUGUGUGUGUGUACACAUUUAUUUGGACCUUAACGUCAGAGAUGAUAAUGACCUGACUGACAACAGGGAUCAAGGUUCAAACCUCUAGCUGAAUGUUUGUGGGUGUGUAGCUAUGUAUGUUUUUGUGAAUGUGUUUUAUAUACAGAUGAUUUACUCCACCAUGUGUUGGCCUCCAUAUAGAAUCAGUGGAAAAAGACUGCUUCACACCUUUGAAGUGUUCACGAGAAAAUGUAUGAUAACACAUUUCUGCCCCCUGCUCUCUCUCUCUCGCCUUUCUCUCUGCAGCUGUCUGCAGUGGGUGGUCUCUCUGAGGUCCUCUUUGGACUGCUCCUCAGUGUCAUCGCUCUGGGAAACGUGUGUGCACCCCUCUCCCCCCCUCCUUCCUCACGCCCUCACCCUUUUCCCACAUCGCAAACCCUCUUCAUCCCUUCUUCUCUCUCUCCCUCCUGCCCCCUACUCUCCCUCGCCCCUCCCUGCUCUGGACCCCCCACCCCUCGGUCAACGAGCCGAGCGUGGGGGUCAGGGCGCCAUGGUAACCCACAGCAGGCGCGACCCCCCCACCAUGAGCAGCAUGACCCCCCCAGAGCCCAGAGGUCAGGGGUCUCAUGUGCACCACCUGCGCUAUAAACCCUUCAGCUCACAUGCACACUACCAACAGGUGCUGUGUGCGGUGCGUAAGCUACAAGAGAGUGGGUUCUACUGGGGUGCGGUGGGGGGUCGUGAGGCUAGCUCUCUGCUCCGCUCCCAGCCCCCCGGGACCUUCCUGGUUCGAGACUCAUCCGACCACCACUACUUCUUCACACUGUCGGUCCAGACGGCCCGCGGGACCAAGAACCUCCGUAUCCACAGCCAAGGGGGAAGCUUUUACCUGCAACCCGACUCGUGCUGCACACACAUGCCCCCGCGCUUCGACUGUGUGCUCAAACUGAUUGGACACUACAUGGGGAAGGAGGGGCGAGGUGGAGAAGCAGCAGGAGGAGGGGAGGCUGGGGUAAGGGCGGGGGGAGGCACGGCUGCGGCGGCAGGGGAGACUGUGGGGUCGGGGACUGGGAGUGUGUAUCUGAUACACUCAGGGGGAGAGAAGGUUCCGUUGGAGCUGCGUCGACCCCUCCCCUCCUCCCUGUCCUCCCUCCAACACCUGUGUAGGAGGACCCUGAACGGACACCUCGGGGGCUCGGCCAGCCCCGACACACACCAGCUCCCUCACACACUCAGGAACUUCUUGGAGGAGUACGAUGCCCCUAUCUAACACACACAUACACACAAAAACACACACACUCACACAGUUCAGGUUUGGGUUUUCCCCUCUAACGGUUGAGGAUAGGAUUUGGAAAGGGUAAACUGUUCCAAAUCGAUGCCACUGCUUUCUUACCAAGGGGAACCUAAUAUAGGUAACCAUUGAUACUCCUCCACUCCUGGACAGACCGUUAAUGGGAGUUAAGAUGAGACUGGGGGGGUUAAAAGUCGUUGCCCUCUCAGCCAGUGACCCAAUCUCCCAGCGGGUGCUGUGAUUGGGUAGUCAAAAAGAUUGAUAGGUCGAUAAUGCAGACCGUGGACAUGCCACACAUGCAUGCAAACACACACACAGUGACGUGUGUGGCUUUAGGAGUAUAGCCAGAAGGUUGUUUGGGGUUUGUUGUGCUGCUGUGGCUGAGGUAUAGCUCCUUCUAUUGAUCAAUAGAGGCUUUCAUCUCCUCCCUUUUUUCUCCUGUUUGACAUGUAGAAUGGGCUCAAUGGACUGUGAGAGGGAGGGAAAGGAAGCGAGAGACAAGGAGAGAGGCGUAAUGAGAGUGUCUGGAGAACAGCAGUGUGUCAAACGAAUGGGCCAAAAGCAGAGUGAAAGUGUUUGUGGUGUCGUACACAUUUCCACUGCUGUAUGCCAACUAGCAUAGCCUCAUAGGAGGGUGUGGGGGAUCAUGGCUGAAGACAGCCGCGAGCCUCACAAACAUACACAAGACACCACGUACAUACAGCUUACAGUGCUGUGAAAAAGUAUUUCAAAUUUUCUCUACUUUUGCAUCUUUUUUUCUUUUUCUCUCCAAUUUCAUGGUAUCCAAUAGUUUUUUAGUAGCUACUAUCUUGUCUCAUCGCUACCACUCCCGUACGGCCUCGGGAGAGACGAAGGUUGAAAGUCCUGUGUCCUCCGAUACACAACCCAACCAAGCUGCACUGCUUCUUAAUGCAGCGCAUCCAAUCUGGAAGCCACCCGUACCAAUGUGUCGGAGGAAACACCGUGCACCUGGCAACCUUGGUUAGCGCACACUGCGCCUGGCCCGCCACAGGAGUCGCUGGUGCGCGAUGAGGCAAGGAUAUCCCUGCCCUCCCUAACCCGGACAACGCUAGGCCAAUUGUGCGUCGCCCCACGGACCUCCUGCUCGCGGUCGGUUACGACAGAGCCUGGGCGCGAACCCAGAGUCUCUGGUGGCACAGCUGGCCCUUAACCACUGCGCCACCCGGGAAUACUACUUUUGCAUAUUUUUGAUACUGAAUUAUCAGAUCUUCAACCCAAACCUAAUAUUAAAUACAGGGAACCUGAGUGAACAAAUAACAGUUAUAUACUUAUUUCAUGAACACAGUUAGGCAACACCCAAUGCCCCUGUGUGUGAAAGUAAUUGCCCCCUUACACUCAAUAACUGGUUGUGCCAUCUUUAGCUGCAAUCACUGCAACCAAAUGCUUCCUGUAGUUGUUGAUCCGUCUCUCACGUCGCUGUGGAGGAAUUUUGGCCCACUCAUGCAUGCAGAACUGCUUUAAGUCGGCGACAUUUGUGGGUUUUCAAGCAUGAACUGUUCGUUUCAAGUCCUGUCACAACAUCUCAAUUGGGAAUAGGUCCGUACUUUGACAAGGCUUCAAAUUUGUUUCUUUUUAGACAUUUUCAUGUAGACUUUGUUUGUUUUGCAUCAUUGUCUAGCUGCGUGACCCAGCUGCGCUUCAGCUCACAGACGGAUGGCCUGGCAUUCUCCUGUAGAUUUCUCUGAUACAGAGUAGAAUUCAUGGUUCUGUCUAUUAAGGCAAGUGGUCCAGGUCCUGAGGCAGCUGAGUCAUGCAGCAAGACAAUGAUCCAAAACACACAAUCAUGUCUACAUGACAAUUGUUAAAAAGCAACACAGUUUAAGUUUUGGAAUGGCCUCAAAGUCCAGACCUAAUCCAAAUUGAGAUGUUGUUGGAGGACUUGAAACAAGCAGUUUAUGCAUGAAAACCCACAAAUGUGGCUGAGUUAAAUCUGUUCUCCAUGCAAGAGUGGGCCUAAAUUCCUCCACAGCGAUGUUGGAAAAAAUAUGCAAAAAUAGAGAAUUAUUUUUCACAGCACUGUAACUGCAGCUUUGGUAGCUCUUCUGUUAGAAUGUGAUGGAGAUGCCUCUGUGUCUUUGUCUUUCUUCCCAUCUCUCCAUCCAUCUACUCGGAUGUAUGAUAACACUAACACCGCUCGGUCGCUUAUUUAUAUAAAUAGAUAGAUCUCUCUCUCACUCAACCCCAAAGCUAACAGUGGAUAUUAUUUUUGUUCCUGGCAGGCAGGAACAACAUGUGUCCCAAAUGCCACCUUAUUUCCUUUAAAGUGCACUAGCCCUGGUCAAAAGUAGUGCACUGUAUAUAAAAUUGGGUGCCAUUUGGGACACAUUCAGAAACAAAAACUGAAGCCGAACAUAGUCAGUAGUCCGGGGAGGGGGGGGGGGGUUGAAGGGUGAGGGAAGAGUGCUGAAAACGAGUAUGGCUGAGGCUGGAUGAGGGGGGGACAUGCAAGGAUUAUUGGGGGAGCAGCGGUAAUAGUGAGUGAGUGGUGAGGGAUGAGUAGGCAAGAUUGUUUUCACACUGGGCCACAGAGACAACAAAUCCUUAAUUUGAAGAUGAUGAUGAUGUUGUGUUUAGCUAAAUCUAUGUCUUCCUGAUAGACGCCUAGUUAGUAGAAGAGCAACGGUUGUCAUUUUUAACAUCUAUUAUCGUCAUAUCAACCUAAUGUGUCGCACCAGCUCAGCUACAUGUGUGUCAGAAGUAUUUGUCUUUUAUAAAGACUGCUCAUAACCUCGCCACUAGACUGGCAGACAGUGCAAGCCCAACUAUCUGGAACAACAAAAAAACUAAAAGCAUUUCAGAAGAGAAAUUAAAGAUUGAACUUUGCACAUAUUUAUAUAUAAGAUAUUUCAACAAUGUAUAUUAAAGAGCACUAUUUUUACAAAGUUUAA